AUCAGAUGAGAUGGCAGUCGAGCGAUAAAAAUAUAAUAUAAAGGACGCAGGUUGAUUCCUUCACACCGUUUCAUGUGAAUUGACUUUUGACCUCAGUUCCUGGAAGUUUACCUCAAAGUGCGCGUGUAUACUGGGGUUAAUACAAUAAUCACGACUUUCGACCUGCUUUACUGGCCUACAAAUAUCUACAAAGUCAAAAGCUUCGAUCGCAGAAGAACUUGAAAGAAGUAAUUGUUAAUUUGGUAACAGUGCAGAAAAACAGAAAUGGUGCACCCAUCAUCAGACGCAGUUUUAUGGCACAUGCAAGAGUUGGCGGCAAGAAUAGUCGCCGAGUCGGGUAUACCAAGUGACAGAUAUCAUGUGGGCAAAAUGCUAUUACGCAGUCUGAAAGAUGCUCCCGGUCAUUUGUUUCAGAUAGACGGAGCAACAGAUGAGAAAGAUACAUUUAGAUCCGCACUGGAACGAUCUACACAAUGUGCGACUUCCUUCAGAAACCUGGGUCUUAAGUAUCAAGACGUGAUAGUCAUUAUGGCACCAAACCAUAUAAAUGUGGUUAUACCAAUGUAUGCUUCUCUAUACCUCGGAAUCAGGGUUGCUGUAGCAGAUAUGACUUUAGGAGUUAAUGAACUUCACAGCAUAUUCAAGAAUUGUGCACCCAAAAUAGUCUUCUGUCAAAGUGCAAAAGUUGAAACAGUUCAGCAGGCUUUGAAGUUGUGCAACACACCGGUACAUGUUAUAUCAUUUGAUGAAAAUGAGAAUUGUUUGACUUUUUCCAAAUUUCUUGAUAAGUAUGGCAGAGGUACGGCAGUAGAAGACUUCAAACCAGCUGAAUUUGAUCCUUCACAUACAGAUGCAUUUUUGGUGCCUACCAGUGGUACCACGGGCUUACCAAAAACCGCUGUAUUGAAUCACAAAAAUGUUGCGGUGGGCUUUCCACUUUUACUGAACUGCUGUACGAAGUUCCCAACACCAUUUGAGCUAGCUUUGGUGCAAUCUCCAGUGCAAUGGUUAUCAUCCACCUUUGUAUUUAUAAUGUCAACAUUGUUAAGAUUCACGAGAUUACAAACUUCAUCCGCAACGACUCCAGAACACGUUUAUUCAUUGAUAAACAAAUACAGGCCAAACUUCACGAUCACGAGUCCUACGUUUUUGACGACGUUGUUAAAACCAGGUGCACGGGAGCAAUGUGAUUUUUCUUGUCUUGAAAUCAUUAUGAUAGGUGGCAGUGCCGUGACUAAAGAACUCCUUGCAGAAGUGCAGGCAAUGAACCCAAAAUUAUUAGUAAGAGUAGGGUACGGUUUGACUGAAGCCACUGGGUUAGUUCUUGAUUCAGCCUAUUCUCCAUUUGGAUCAGUUGGAGCACCAAUGCCGAUUUUGCAAUAUAAACUAGCAGAUCCAACCACUAACGAAGUCAUAGAUAAACCAAACAUGCCAGGAGAAUUAAGGUUAAAAGGUCCAACGGUUUUUCAGAGAUACUACAAUAACCCCGAAAUGACAGCAGCUGCUUUCGACGAAGAUGGAUGGUUGAAAACUGGAGAUAUAUUAUACAGAGAUGAAUAUUACAAUUUCUAUUUCUGCGACCGCGUGAAAUUGCUUCUUAAAUAUAGAAAUCAUCAAGUUUCUCCAGUAGAAAUAGAGUCUGUGAUAAUAAAACACCCAGGGGUGUUAGAUGUAGCAGUGACAGGUAUACCGGACGCCGAGUGCGGGGAUCUGCCAGUUGCUUUGGUUAUAACUCAAGAUGGACACAACGUCACUGCCAAGGAAAUCAAAGAUUUAGUUAAAGUGUCCCUGACUGAUACAAAACAACUGAGAGGUGGUGUUGCUUUUGUGAAAGAGUUUCCUACAACAACGACAUCAAAAGUGGACAGGGUGAAGUUGAAGGAAUUGGCUAAGACUCUUAAACGAGAAUAAUUUAUUCUAAAAGAAAAGAUCACGAUGUACUCGUAA